AUGAGUCUAAAAAGGCCAUCGGAGCUCUAUAAACACCUAAGAGUUUCCAAGAGAUAUAUCCUGCGGAAAUCCCAUGAUGACAUAGUGACAUCGCUUCCAAAAGAUGAAGAUGCCCCCGAGCUAGAGUCACGACUUCAAUUCCAUAAGCAAUUUAUGAUAGGAGCGCAAAGUAACAGAGCGGGGUUAGGAUCAAAUAGGAAAGUCCAAGAUGCGGAUAUAUUGAAGUCUUUUAUUCGGCAAGACGAGAAUGAUAAAUAUAAGAUCCAUGCAAUGAAUUUAGAAAUGCAGAACGAGUGGUUAGACAUAGGAGAUUUUUGCAUCCCAUUAGCAUUAAAAUGGCGCACUUUAAUUUAUGAUUGGUCGCCAGCAUUGCUAAAAUUCUAUCUCAAUGCGUUCCAGAUGACUCUCCCAGAUCAGAGUAAUUUAGUAAGAUGGGGUAAAAGUACCGAAAAAACUUGCUAUAUCUGUGGAAAGGCAGUUGGAACUGCUAAGCAUCUGCUAGUGGGAUGUAAGGUACUCCUUGACAGCGGUCAAUACUCGCGUCGUCACGAUAGGGUUCUAGAAGUCAUACGUGAAGCGGUUAGUCUUUCGGUAGCCAGAGCGCAAAAGGGAAUAACCACAAACGAACGAUCAGUAGGUUUUGUGAGAGAAGGCUCUAGGGCUACAAAAUCAAACGUCAAGCCUUACUCCAUCCUUAAAGCGGCGUCGGAUUGGACUAUAAUGAUGGACACGUAUGAAAAACAAUAUAAAAUCCCCGAGGAUAUUUGUGCGUCGGCCUCCAGACCGGAUAUAUUUUUGUUUUCGCGAAUUUUAAAGCGCGUGGUGAUGAUAGAGCUUACGGUCCCUUGGGAAACCAACAUCCCCAAAGACCAUACCAUCAAGGUCAACAAAUAUUACGAGCUCACAAACGAACUCACUCGAAAUAGGUUCGUAGUAGAUUUGUACGCGGUAGAGGUGGGAGCGAGAGGUAUAACAGCGAAAUCUCUCUAUAACCUACUAAAGGACUUGGGCUUGUCCAGAACUCACAUUAAUGCAUUCUUGGAACGUACAUCGAAGGCAGCCCUAGUAGGUUCUUUUCAAAUUUGGUUAGGUAGGGAGAGGAGCUUGGACAGUGGAGGUGAGCGUAUAACGCGCGUUAGUUAA